GCCGCCCUGCGCGUCCCGUAUCCGCCCCAGGUGCUCGAGUUGAGGGACUGAGUCCCCGGUUCGUCUGUAGUGAAGUUCCCAGCGGCCGUUGGCAGAGAUGCCUGGGAAGAAGACGCGUAAGAAGGCGCAGCCGAGCUGUGUGCGGACUCCGGCAGAGCUUGAGGUUGAAUGCGCUACUCAACUCAGGAGAAUUGGAGACAAACUGAAUUUCCGGCAGAAGCUUCUGAACCUGAUAGCCAAACUCUUCUGCUCAGGAACCUGACUGCUUCAGAAACAUACAAAUGAGGGGACUUAUUUCAAAUGGAAGAUUCCCCAUCGGUGCAAAUUUCAUCAAUUACAGGAGAGAACAUGAGGAGUGCAUCAUUUGCUUUUGGAUGCCCUUGGAAAUGAAGAGGGAAUAUUUCAAAAAAUGAAUUGCUGUUGGAGGUUCCCAGAAGUCAUUCGUUGGAGAUAUG